CUCCCAUACAAAAUGACUGGCUAGAAAACUGGACCUGGUGCGGAAACCGGGGCAUUCGACACCCGUCACGAUGGCCGCAAGCAAGACGGACAACCAACGCGCCGCCACGACCGACGACGAGAUUGUCGUGGAAGAUGACGAACAGAUCGAAGACAAGUCGUUCUCGGAGCUGGGUGUGAACCCGGCUCUGUGCGAGUCGAUCGCGGCUCUCGGAUGGACGCGGCCGAGUAAAAUCCAGCAAAAGAGUUUGCCGCCAGCGUUGGCCGGGAAAGACAUCAUCGGGCUCGCUGAGACCGGGUCGGGCAAGACGGGGGCGUUCGUGAUUCCGAUUUUGCAGGACUUGCUGGCGUCUCCUCAGCGCCUCUUUGCGUUGGUGCUGGCGCCGACGCGCGAACUGGCUUUCCAAAUCUCGGAACAGUUUGAAGCACUCGGGUCAUCCAUUGGACUCAAGUGCGCAUGCGUUGUCGGUGGGAUUGACAUGAUGAACCAGCAAGUCGCGCUGGCUAAGAAACCACACGUGGUGAUUGCAACUCCCGGUCGGUUGGUGGACCACUUGGAGAACACCAAGGGAUUCAGCCUGCGCACGAUGAAGUACCUCGUGCUGGACGAAGCGGAUCGCAUGCUCAGCAUGGACUUUGAAGAAGAGAUCAACCAGAUCAUCCAGCUCAUGCCGAACGAGCGCCGCACGUACCUCUUCAGUGCCACCAUGACGUCCAAGGUCGCCAAGUUGCAGCGCGCAUCGCUCAAGAGUCCGGUCAAGGUCGAAAUCACGCACAAGUUCGCCACGCCCGAAACACUCGCGCAAAAGUACUUGUUCAUCCCUGCCAAGUACAAGGACUGCUACCUCGCCUACGUCCUGAACGAAUUUGCGGGCCAGAGCAUGCUCAUCUUUGCCUCCACAUGCAAUGGCACGCAGCGCAUGACGCUCAUGCUGCGAUCCCUCGGCUUUCCUGCGAUCUGUCUGCACGGCCAAAUGACGCAGCCCAACCGCCUCGGUGCCCUCAAUAAGUUCAAGGCCAAGCAGCGGUCGAUUUUGGUGUGCACGGAUGUAGCGUCCCGCGGGCUCGACAUCCCGAGCGUCGACGUCGUCAUCAACUAUGACAUUCCUACCAACGGCAAAGAUUACAUUCAUCGCGUCGGCCGGACGGCGCGCGCCGGACGCGCUGGUAUUGCGCUCUCGUUCGUGACGCAAUACGACGUCGAGCUGUACCAGCGCAUUGAACACUUGCUGGGGAAGAAGCUCGACGCGUACGCAUGCGAAGAAAGCACAGUCCUCGUCAUGCUCGAGCGCGUGGGCGAGGCUCAGCGAGCCGCCACGAUUGAGCUCAAGGAAGAGACGAGCAAGGGCACAGGCAAGCGCGCACGGUAUGGUAAGAACCACGAAGGCGACGGCGACGGCGAUGACGAAAGCAGCAACAAGCGGCCGUACAAGUCGUCCAAGAAGAUGCAGCAAGGCAAAGGAAAUCGUGGCGGCAUGAAGAAGGGUGGCGGACGAAAAUUUUAAUAAGUUAACAUGUGCAUGACGUGUCGAGGCAUGGGCACGACUCGGAGCAACACCACACACGCGCGCAGCUAGCAGCUGGAGCCGCAACGGAG